AUGACGGAGCGCUCGCUCCAUCAGAUCGGCCCGGCACCAGCAUCGCCGACGCGCGUGAAGGAGGAGCCACCAUCCCAAACGCAUGUCUGCAUGAAGCGGGAGUCGGCAUCCUCACUCUGGGGGGUGAAGGACGAAUUGGUGUCCCCGCCGCGCAACCGCAGCCUCCACGUCGGAGGUCACAUGAAGGAGGAGCCCGUGUCCCCCAGCGCCUCCGUCGCGUCAAGGACGACCCGGCGUCGCCCUCGCCGCGUAGGUGUUCAUGCCACCGCCUAUAAUUUCCCUGCCCCACCGAGGGCAUUCUUGUCUUUUCACACUAUCCCCGUCGCGCCCCUUCCUUUCUCUCGUGCCCCAGCCGCCGCCGCUCGCCCCAUCCCCAUCCCCAUCGCAUCGCCACCCCCACCCCCACCCCUCCUCCCAUCCCCUAACCCUAGCUCCUCCCCUACAUCGCGCCGCCUGGCCUCCUCCCCUCCCGUCGCGCUAGCGCAUCCCCUGCCGCCAUCGUCGCUCGCCCCGGUCCCCGUCCUGCAGCGGUGUCCGAGGAGGACUAGCCGCGCCACGGCCGCACAUCCCGUCCUGCAGCGGUGGUCCACGGGAUCGGCACCGGCACCGGCCUCCUUGCUCCCGCUCGAGUCAUGGAGGGACAACCAGCAGCGGCGGCCCAGGAGAUCGACGACUAGCCGAGGCGAGUCGCCUUCGAUUCUGCAGGAGCCCGACGGCUGUCUCCUCCUCUGCAGCCGCACACGAGCGGCCAGCCCUGGACUAGGUCGCGGCAUGAGAAGCGGACGUCCGAGGCAUGUCCAACACCACUGCCCGCUCGAUACGUCCCCCGCCCCAGCUGCCGACCCCCUCCUCCACGGCGGCGCCUUCGUCCCCGGCGACGCACGACAGCAGCCCACUACAGGUGAUAUUCGAUUUCAUGGUGAUGUACAUGCUUUGCAUGCUUAAUCCUAGCACUACUUCUGUUUUCUUUUGCACACAAGGGAACUUGCUAUUCCUGCGGUCAUUGAUUAGUAAACAAAGAGGCAAGAGGGAGGGAGCAAUGGAUAAGAAGGUAACAAAGAUAGAUGCUCUCGUUGGCAGCGGCUUUCGUGGAGGGUGGCGCGCAGGACACCUUCGCCCCGAAACCAUAGCUGUACGUGCGGGUGCGCUGACGUCUCUCUGCUGUGUGGUGGCACAGGACGGUGAAGAUAGGGGACAAGAGCUGCUCGCUGCAGCCGCUUGUCGGCGGCCCCAAUGGCCUCGUCCCCUGCCAAG